AUGUUCUUCUUCUUCGUGUGCGGCGAGCACACCUUCCGCAAGCAGGUCGCCGGCUAUGAGGGCAUCGUCUGCCAGUGCUACAACUGUGGCAACAUGGCCGGCCAUGUCAUCAAGACGCAUCCCUGGUUCACCUUUUGUUGGAUCCCCGUCGUCCCCUUGUCCAUGAAGGGCUACACCGAUGUCGUCUGCAGCAUCUGCAACUUUGCCCAGCCGCUCGAGAACCGUCCGGACGUCAUGGGCAUGGCCAACGGCGGAGGCGGCGGAGGCGGAUACCCGGUGCCGCCUCCGCAGGGGCACCCACCGCAGGGCUGGGGCCAACAACCGCCGCCGCAACAGGGCCCGCGAUACGGAUAG